AUGCCACUCGGAAAGAGACAAAGCACUAAGGACCAUCACCAGAGAGGAGAUGAGGCAGCCAUUCUAGAUACAGAGGAUGUGGACGGGCCAGAUAUGCACUUUGGAGGGGCUCCGGAUCCUGACACUGUCUCACUGGCUUCUGUCACAGCAGUUACCACCAAUGUGUCCAAUAAGAGAUCAAAGCCUGAUAUCAAGAUGGAGCCUAGUGCUGGGAGACCAAUGGAUUACCAAGUUAGUGUUACCGUUGUCGAGGCUCGACAGCUGGUGGGGUUGAACAUGGAUCCUGUGGUCUGUGUGGAGAUUGGGGAAGAAAAGAAAUACACGUCUAUGAAGGAGUCAACCAACUGCCCCUACUACAAUGAGUACUUUGUCUUUGACUUCCACGUGCCUCCGGAUGUGAUGUUUGACAAGAUUUUGAAGCUAUCGGUGAUCCACUCCAAAAACCUUCUGCGCAGUGGAACACUGGUUGGGACGUUCAAACUGGAUGUCGGCACUGUCUAUUCUCAGCCUGAGCAUCAGUUCUACCACAAAUGGGCCUUCCUUACUGACCCGGAUGACAUCACUUCUGGGUGUAAGGGCUACAUCAAGUGUGACAUCGCUGUGAUGGGGAAGGGGGACAACAUCAAAACCCCUCACAAGGCCAAUGAGACAGAUGAAGAUGACAUUGAAGGGAACCUCUUGUUGCCAGAAGGAGUUCCAACAGAACGUCAGUGGGCACGCUUCUAUUUGAAGAUUUACCGGGCUGAGGGGCUACCCAAGAUGAACACCAGCAUCAUGGCCAAUGUGAAAAAGGCCUUCAUCGGAGAGAACAAAGAUUUGGUGGACCCUUAUGUUCAAGUGCUAUUUGCAGGACAGAAGGGGAAGACCUCGAUUCAGAAGAGCAGCUAUGAGCCCAUCUGGAAUGAGCAAAUCAUCUUCACUGAAAUGUUCCCACCCCUCUGCAAACGCAUGAAGGUCCAGAUUCGAGAUUCGGACAAAGUGAAUGAUGUGGCCAUUGGGACACACUUCAUCGACAUACGGAAGAUCGCCAAUGAUGGGGACAAAGGAUUCCUCCCAACCCUGGGGCCAGCCUGGGUGAACAUGUAUGGCUCCACUCGGAACUACACCAUCAUGGAUGAGCACCAGGACCUGAACGAGGGCCUAGGUGAGGGCGUGUCAUUCCGAGCACGGCUACUGGUCAGCCUGGCAGUCGAGAUCUUGGACACCAGCUCCCCUGAUGUCAUGAGCUCUUCUGAGGUGCAGGUCGAGGGUAUACCCAACAUCUCAGAGAAUGCCACUGGAAAGAUUGAAGAGUUCUUCCUCUAUGGAGCCUUCCUGGAAGCCACCAUGAUUGACAGGAAGAUUGGAGACAAACCCAUCAACUUUGAACUCACAAUAGGUAACUAUGGAAAUGAGAUUGACGGUGUGACCAAACCAAAGUUGGGGAGGAAGAAGAAAGAUGGUGGAGGAAGCGACGAGGAGUCGGACCUCAUCCAGGGCUCCAGCGAUGAAGAGACGGAGGACGACAGGGACCUGGUGUCAGUCUCCACCACCCCAGCUAUGAGGCCUGUCAUCACAGACAGGAAUUAUUUCCAUUUGCCUUACUUCGAGACGAAACCGUGCAUUUACAUCAAGAGCUGGUGGCAGGACCAAAGAAGGCGGCUUUACAAUGCCAAUAUUAUGGAUAAGAUUGCAGACAAACUGGAAGAGGGACUGAAUGAUGUCCAGGAGGUCAUUAAGACUGAGAAGGCAUAUCCAGAACGCAGGCUGAGGGGGGUCCUAGAGGAACUCAGCAAUGGGUGCAGUCGUUUCCUAACUCUGGCAAAUAAGGACCAAAACCAGACUGGAAGAACCAAACUAGACCGUGAGAGACUCAAAUCCUGCAUGAGAGAACUGGAAAAUAUGGGCCAGCAGGCAAAGAUCAUUCGCUCUCAGGUGAAGAAGAACACAGUGAAGGAGAAACUGAAGCUGGUUCAGAAUUUCUUACAGAAGCUGCGAUUCCUGGCAGAUGAGCCUCAGCACAGCAUUCCUGACAUCUACAUCUGGAUGAUGAGCAACAACAAGCGCAUUGCGUACGCCCGUGUCCCCUCCAAAGAUAUCCUGUUCUCACUGGUGGAUGAGGAGAGCGGCAAGGACUGUGGAAAGGUCCAGACACUGUUCCUUAAGCUCCCAGGUAAAAAGGGCUUUGGGUCUGCUGGGUGGACAGUGCAAGCCAAGACUGAGCUGUACCUCUGGCUGGGACUCAACAAGCAGCGCAAGGACUUUCUGAGCGGCCUUCCCAAUGGCUUUGAGGAGAACAAGGCGGCUAAGGGCCCUGGAAUGCUGUCAUCCCCUCCUAUCAGUCUCACCUACACAAUGAAGCAGGUGUUUCAGCUGAGGGUACACAUGUACCAGGCCCGCAGUCUGUUCGCAGCCGACAGCACUGGCCUCUCUGACCCCUUCGCCCGCGUCUUCUUCUCUACCCACAGCCAAGUCACUGAGGUGUUGAAUGAGACCCUGUGUCCAACAUGGGACCAGCUUUUGGUGUUUGAUAAUGUGGAGCUUUAUGGUGAGGCCAGCGAACUGAGGGAUGACCCACCCAUCAUCGUCAUAGAGAUCUAUGACCAGGACACAGUGGGCAAGGCCGAGUUCAUGGGCAGGACGUUCGCCAAGCCUGUCACUAAGAUGUCAGAUGAGGAUUAUGGUCCACCUCGCUUCCCCCCUCAGCUGGAGUAUUACCAGGUUUACCGUGGAAACUGCACUGCUGGGGACCUGCUGGCUGCCUUUGAGCUGCUCCAGCUUGGCAUUGGUGGAAGGGCGGACCUGCCCCCCAUUGAUGGCCCCACAGACAUGGACCGUGGCCCCAUCCUCCCGGUCCCCAUGGGCAUCAGGCCGACACUGAGCAAGUACAGGAUUGAGGUGCUGUUUUGGGGUCUGAGGGACCUAAAGCGGGUUAACCUGGCCCAAGUGGAUCGGCCCCGUGUGGACAUUGAAUGUGCCGGAAAAGGGGUCCAGUCCGCCCUCAUCCAGAACUAUAAGAAAAACCCUAAUUUCAGCACCCUGGUAAAGUGGUUUGAGGUGGACCUCCCUGAAAAUGAGCUGCUUCACCCUCCACUCAACAUCCGGGUGGUGGACUGCAGGGCCUUUGGUCGAUACACACUGGUUGGCUCACAUGCUGUCACCACCCUUCGCAAGUUCAUCUACAGGCCUGUCGACAAGAGCGCCAACAACUUGUCUGCCUCAGAGGAAAUAGUCAUCAACACGGAACCAGAGCAACAUGUGAAGAAAGUAGAGACUGUGGUGAAGCUGGACUCUACUUCUGAUGCUGUUGUCAAGCUGGAUAUGAAUGAGGAUGAAAAGGGGAAGAAGAAAAAGCGAAAGAAGGGAGAGGGGGAGAUAGAGGAGGAGGAGCUCGACGAAAGCAUGCUGGAUUGGUGGUCCAAGUACUUUGCCUCCAUUGAAACAAUGAUGGAGCAACUCAAGGCCCAGGAAGCUCUUCUCGCAGAAGCUGAGGACAAAGAAGACAUGGACAUCACGGCUGAAGUUGGAGAGAUCAAACCUGAUGACUCUCCUAUAAAAGGCUCCAAAGGGAAGGAGAAAGGAAAGCCAAAGGCUAAAGGGGGCAAGAACAAGGGGCAAGGGGCUGAGGGGCCAGAGCGACGGAAGCAGAAAAUCCAUGAGUUACAGGUCUACAACAAAGAGCUGGAGAAUGAGUUUGCCAACUUUGAGGACUGGCUCCACACCUUCAACCUGUACAGAGGGAAGAGCGGAGAUGAUGAUGACCAAAACGUGGCCGAUGAGGACAGACUCAUCGGCAGAUUCAAAGGCUCAUUAUGUAUGUACAAAGUGCCGCUUGCUGAUGACAUCACCAGAGAGCCUGGCUACGACCCUACCAUGGGAAUGUUCCAGAGUAUUCCUCAUAAUGACCCCAUCAACAUCCUUGUCCGCGUCUAUGUCGUCAGGGCUACUGAUCUGCACCCUGCAGACAUCAAUGGAAAGGCUGAUCCUUACAUUGCUAUCAAGCUGGGAAAAUCCGAAAUCAGAGACAAAGAAAACUACAUCUCCAAACAGCUGAACCCUAUCUUCGGAAAGUCUUUUGAUGUGGAAGCCACAUUCCCCAUGGAGUCCCUGCUGACGGUGUCAAUCUAUGACUGGGAUUUAGUGGGGACUGAUGACCUCAUUGGGGAGACUAAGAUCGACCUGGAGAAUCGCUUCUACAGCAAGCACAGGCCUACCUGUGGCAUCUCAGCAAGCUAUGCCAUACAUGGCUAUAAUGUGUGGAGGGACCCCAUGAAGCCCACUCAGAUCCUGAGCAGGCUGUGCAAAGAAGCAAAGAUAGAUGGACCACACUACGGCCCUGGUGGACGGGUAAAGGUUGCAAAUCGCGUCUACCUGGGACCCACCGAGAUUGAAGACGAGAAUGGUCUGAAGAAGCAGACGGAGGAGCACCUGGCCCUUGCUGCACUGAAGCACUGGGAGGACAUGCCACGACUGGGCUGCAGGCUUAUCCCCGAGCAUGUGGAAACCCGCCCCCUUCUCAACCCUGACAAACCGGGCAUCGAGCAGGGAAGAAUUGAGAUGUGGGUGGAUAUGUUCCCCAAGGACAUGCCAGCCCCUGGACCUUCCGUUGAUAUCUCCCCUAGGAAACCUAAGAAAUUUGAGCUGAGGGUGAUUGUCUGGAAUACAGAUGAAGUCAUUCUGGAAGAUGACGACAUCUUCACUGGGGAAAAAUCCAGUGACAUUUUCGUGCGGGGCUGGCUGAAGGGACAACAGGAGGACAAGCAGGACACUGAUGUCCACUACCACUCGCUGACGGGAGAGGGAAACUUCAACUGGCGCUUUGUCUACCCAUUCGACUACCUGAUGGCUGAGGAGAAGAUCGUCAUCUCCAAGAAGGAGUCCAUGUUUGCCUGGGAUGAGACUGAGUACAAGAUCCCUGCACGCCUCAACCUGCAAGUGUGGGAUGCCGACCACUUCUCGGCUGAUGACUUCCUAGGUGCGAUCGAGCUGGACCUGAACCGGUUUCCCCGUGGCGCAAAGACAGCUAAGCAGUGUUCCCUCGAGAUGGUUACGAAUGAGCAGGAGAUGCCAAUGGUGUCCAUCUUCAAGCAGAAAAGGAUCAAAGGCUGGUGGCCGUUUGUUGCCAGGGAUGAAAACGAUGAGUUUGAGCUCACGGGCAAGGUGGAGGCCGAGCUGCACCUCAUGACAGCUGAAGAGGCGGAGAAGAAUCCCGUCGGACUUGGGCGCAACGAGCCAGAACCCUUGGAGAAACCAAAUCGCCCUGACACCACGUUCCUGUGGUUCAUCAGCCCCCUCAAAGCGAUCCGUUACCUCAUCUGCAACCGCUACAAGUGGCUGAUCAUUAAGAUCGUGCUGGCACUGCUGGUCCUGGCCAUGUUAGGGAUCUUCAUCUACAGCAUGCCGGGCUACAUGGUGAAGAAGAUGUUGGGGGCCUGAAGAAAAGGCACCUCCCCCAUAUCAGACCACAC